AUGGACUCGAGCAUGGUUGAAGGUAUUUCUACCUCCCCUAAGCACUGCUCUCCCAAAUCACCCUCUUUCCCCUUGCCCGGACACUCUGUCCCUGUUGAUUCUUCAUCAUCUGUCAUGCCGUCGUUUCUGCUCGUGAAUGAUCUGGGGCUUACACCUUCCCCUGGGUCCCAGCUGCAGCAGAGGGAUGAUUCUGUUCAAGAAUCCUCCCGAGCCGAGGGACCUCAGCACAGCCAAGUUUCUGCAGAGAAAUCCAUAGCCGACACGCCCGCUGACUGGGACACAUCAUGGCUCUGUGAUGACUUUUGGAGACAAGUUACAGAUGGCUAUUCCCUUAGUCUUACGGAUGAACAAGCGCUGUGCUUUCCGGAUCUUGGAGAUUCUGCUUCUAUUCAGAAUAGCGGGCAGCUCAUGGGUCUGUUGAACACAGGAAACUCGGGCGUCACAGACAGUAUUUUGCAGAUAUCUGACCCAGAAAAUGGUGGUUUGCAAUCAAUUUCUGGAGAUCCGGCUGACCUUGACAAAGCUUUCCUCCCAGACCCACUCUUUGAUGCGGAAUUCGGCCUUCAUGAUUUUGAUUUAUCUUUGACUGCCCAGAAACGGUCCGCGGACGAGGCUUUCCCCACGGAUUUGAACUAUCCAGUACCCCUUGAAAAAAGGCGAAUCAUUGAAGUCCCGCUCGACCAAGGCACUGCACCUUCAGUGGGCACUCCUUAUUUGUCUUCUCCCAACUCGUCCCAUCAAACCGGAUCCGAAACUACAAUCACUACACCUGCCGAUACCGAGAGGCCGCAGACGCCGGAUUCGCUCUUCGAUUCUAAUGAGGAUGACUUUGGUGAUGAACCGCUCUUCACAACAAGAUCUGAAGAAAAUGUGGCUCUAGAUCUACCUUCGGAAUACCCUACCAAGACUGGCUCUCCUGCCAUACAGCUUAGCGUCACUGACCACUGUCCCACUAUUGCUUACGAUUCACAACCGGUUGACCAUGGGUCCCACUAUAGCACGGCAAUUGGUGCUCAAGUUACAAAGGCUUUUGAUACUCCAACACAUGCUAGUGAUAUGACGGGGAAAAGGUUCGCUCUUCAAAGCCAAGAUGUUGCUGCUACGAAGAUAAACGAGGUUUUGAAACGCCAACAUAGCCCACGUGAUUACGUAUCCCCGUAUCCGGUGAACCGUGGUCUCCUAGGAUAUCUUCCAUCUGCACCAGCGGUUCAUGUCAAGAGCAUUGAAGUGGCGCCGGAAAGCGUCUGUUUACGGGUGAAAGCCCUCCAACUCCGGAUCAAACAGUUGACCCAUGAGUGCCAGAAGUAUAGAAGCCAAUGGCUCGAGUCAACGACUAUUGACAACAUGACGGGAAAAUCCAAGGUGGAGCUGCUCAAGGAGGAACUUGGUUCUGUCCGUCGUGUAUCCGGCCAUCAUCAGAGCAAGCUGAAAGAGGCGAGACAGGAGGCUGAAGGAUGGAAGAAGCAAGCCCAACACUAUGCAACGAUCUACAACGAGCUUCUCUACAAUGUCCAACAUAAGCUGCCGAUAGCCACCUUCGUUUCGCCUGCCCAUGCACCUCCGUAUGCGCCAGGUUUGCCACAGGCCCAACACCUGGCACCCGUUUCUCGCCAGCAAAUACCUCUACAACAAAUCCCUGUUCAGAAACUCCCUCCACAGCAAUUUUCUCCGCAACAAUUCCAUCCACAGCAGAUCCCUCAGCAGAUCCCUCCUCGAGAGCGGGUCACCGUGGACUUGACCUUGGAUUCUGAUACGGAAUCAACCCCUGAACCGCAACAGACCCCUUCCGAGCCCAAGCAAACACCAGAGAACGCGGAAGCGCUGAAGAAAAUUCGUAAUAAGAAGUACCAAUGGCUCGACAGAAGCAACCACCCGCAGCAUCCAGCGCUGGCGCCAGCAGGAACUCGGGAUAUAAACGCAGAUCGCGGACCGCCCGUUCUCAAUGCAGAUGAGGAGUUAAUUCGCACUUUGGACGAAGAAUUGGCGAAGGACCGAUAG